AUGGCGUCCAAAUAUCAAACGAGCCGCUACGCUUUCCAUCCACAAAACGAGAACGACUUCAGGAACUUUUUAGCAUUUUGUAGGACCCCGAGAAGAGAUCCCGAUUAUGAGUUUCCGGAAGAAAGGCAGCUGUACUUGCGCUGUCCGACUGACCUAGCAUCGCUUGAGUCUGAUUGUGGGAACGACGUUGCUUGCCUCUAUGACUCUGUCAUGUUACAGGCUCGCUUGCUCGGUGACGAAGCACGGAUGUCUUAUAAUUACUACCUCAGUCAACGGAUAGAGGGAGCUGCUCGAUACAACUCGUGUGGAGCGAUGAAUAUCGAAUACCCGGAGUAUUUAAUCAAGGGACCAUCGAGUGGAGAGCCAGCCUAUCUAGAAGGUGAUAAGCUGUCAUUCAGCUGCUUCCAAACCCACAUUAUCAAAGGCGACACUGAGUUUCAAUGUCAGAAGAUUCCGAAAUGA